AUGGGUGAUGAAACCGAAGACAUUUUAGAGAAGGUGGCCAAUCUUACAGAAAGGCUUCAUGAAGAUAAAGAUUUUAGGAGUACAGUAGCUACAAGACUAUACGAAUUGGGUUAUAUAGAAGCCCAGAACGUGAAUAACGAUGGCGCUGGAGGAAACAUUCCUAAAUUUAACACUGAACAAGUACACUAUCUAUUUGUUAAAGCUGUGAACAUGUCCAUGACGUAUACAGUUGACCUGCGUAAAGAUGAUCCCUUAUUAAUGCAAAAAUUGAAGAAGCUCCUAGUAGACACUUUGCCAUCAUAUAUCCGAAAGAGACAGAUCGAACAUUACUUGAAAAAUACACUACCUGACCGCAGCAUUCAGAAUAAUCUUAAAUCUCCUCUUGAUUUUCUAAAAGAAGGCUGUAUAAAGCCAUCAGCUACGCAAACGUUCUUCAUACAACUCAUCGAAUGUCAGUUUCACAUGAAAUGGAACACUACCACUGCAGAAGCUGGAAUAUCUGGACGUCCAGUCCCUUUCAACUAUUACGAGUUCUGUAAUGAAGAAAAGAAGAUAUGGCCGAGAACUGAAUUAAAAUCACUGAACAAUCGGGUGCGUAGAACACACGUCUUAGUGCAGUUAUUUCAGAUGCCCGUUGCAGUCUUAUCGCAGGAAUUGAGUUCAGAUGAUUUAUGUCCUUCGGUUUAUAUCAGAACGGAUAAAAAAAAGUGGAAGAAUUGGAAUCCGACAAGCAAGAAGUUUGGUGAAACCAUAAACCUGGGUGAAGGAACGAAUCCUUUCCCAUGGAUGAAUAAUUCUAUACGCAAUUAUAUUCUUGACCAGGCUCAAAUAAUUCCUGAUGCUGACUGUAAAGCGUGUCUUGACAGGUACACUCUUUAUUGGGCAGUUAUACACGACUCUGAUUUCCAAACUGGCGACAAAUUAAAACUGAACAACAUUGGACGAACACAAGUCUAUGUUGGGAAAGCUAACAAAGGUAUCAAUGGACGAUGGUUAUUAGGCCACUGUAAAAACAUGAUGGAAUGUCUAAAAGAUGUACGCAGAAUGAAAAAAGUUGGUGCGUACCAGCCGCUGAAAGACGUCCAGUUGGUUGAAGCCAGACUAGUGCUGGCCAAACUGAGAGCUAAUGAGAAAAGCGCUCUGUUUGUGAUGAAGACAUUUGACCAUGAUAUAGAGGAAGCUACGAACGCUUUUAAUUUAGCACAAGAAACAUACGACGCAGAGGAAAUACCACAAAACAAAAGGAGGUUAGAUAAAGCGAAAGAAGAUCUAGAGAUUGCGGAGAAAAAAGCAGAAAAAGAUCUCAUAGAAGCAGAGAGCCGAAACAUCCAAGGUAUGAGGAUUCGGAAAUUCAAACGCAAAGAGAGUAAUUACAUUAUUCAGGACGAAAUUUGCAGAGUCCGUCCCCGAUGGCAACCUCUAGAUAUGAGGUAUGGGAUGAACAGCAGAAAAUGA